UUGGAAGGUUUGGAAGUAGUACUAGCCGGUAAUCUUUGUAACGUUUUUGUGGAAAAUCGCAAUUUUCUCUAUUUUCACGUGUUUUUCUUCAUUCCUACAAAUGUUAAUUUAAUUUUCCAUCUUAAUUCUGGAAAAUCUAAGCAAGAGUUGUAAGAAAAAAUGCAAAAAAAACUCAUUAUUUUUGAUGGAGAAUCCCAAGAAAAACGUUAUAAAGAAACUUUUUUGUCGUGGACCGCAAGCAUUAAGUCUUGUUGACAGCAAACUCAUUGCAGUGAAAAAUCCACAAAAUUUUGCAAUUUUCUUCCCUUUUAUGGAGCUUAAUCACCCCAAAGGAGUGCAAAAAGGAUAAAUAAAAGAUGGGGCACAUGCAGGAAGCACGCGUGAGUGGUUAUAUCUGCCGUUUGUGUUCAGAAGUGAGCAGGGUGGUGAUUUUGCUAUACGGUGAUGUCGGACUGAAGCUCUGCCUCGUAGCGAAGAUAAACAAUUUUCUCAACAUUAAUAUUAAGCCGAAUGACCAAUUACCAAAGACUGUGUGUCUGAAUUGCGUACGUCAAGUGGAGAGCACGCAUCGUUUCAUCAAGAAGAUCCUCAAGAAUAGGCAAAUCUUCAAGCACGGCCGGGAGCACUCACUGCGGCGUGUACAGAUGGACAGUAUUGCUCCCGAUGGAGGACAAUCCAGCAGCACCUCCGAAGCGGGAACCAGCGGUACGAGUAGCACUACAAGUGCCCCCAAUCCCGUGGAUGUAACUUCCGAAGAGUCUGAAUCAGAUUUCGAACUGGACGACCUCAUGGCGCACAGAUUCUAAGACGAAACACCCGUGCAGGAGGGAGAAACAUAAACUGAGGGAAUUUGUCUCUAUUUAUGUACAUAAAUCAUACAACAGUUUAGAAAUUAAAAUAAAAUUGUAAAGCUCCUAAACUC